AAACCUAAAGCCUUAAAGCCUAAAGCCAUACCCUCUUCUUUUUGGCGGCACUGAUAAACCUUGUCCCACUAAAACACCUUCAUUUUCAAACCCACCAUCAAAACCCCUCAAAUCUUUCUCUGAGAUUCUUUGGGCUUUAGCAGAGAUGGAGGAAGAGGGUAUUGGUCUAGUUCUGGCCAAAGCCACAGACUUGAGAAUGAAGAUCAGCAACUGCAUCCCCAAAGGCAAUGACCCAUUACCCAAAAAGGAAAAUGGAUUCCAUGUUGAUGGUGAUUUGGGUGAUGAAGAUGGUGAAGAAGAUGAAGAGUCACAGAGGCUCUUCAACAUUUGCGAUGCCCUUGAAGCCCUUGAGAGUCAACUCUCUAAUUUACAGACUUUGCAACAGCAGCAAAGGUAUGAAAGAGAAGUUUCCCUUGCUGAGAUUGAGAGCAGUCGCAAGAUGCUGCUGAACAAGAUUAAAGAGUACAAAGGGAAAGAUUUGGAAGUGAUACAUGAGGCUUCUGCUUUUGCUGGUGAAACAGUGGAUCACAGUAAUGAUCUCUUGCUUCCUCCAUAUCCAAGCCGCUCUCCGCACACUUUUGUUCUUGAAAAUGGCUAUUUGCCACCUACACACAAACCUCUACGUAAUGGGGUUGUCACCAAUGUUAAUGGAGCGAAGGAUAAUAUGAGUGAUACAGAGCGAUCAAAAAGCUCAAUAGGGUUGAGAUCUUUCCUCAGCACAGCAGCCAAAACAGUGCUUACUGUUGUUGGUGUGGUAUCUGUACUUAGCCUGUCCGGAUUUGGGUCUAAAAUUGUGCGAAGUAAUACUGCCUUCAAUAUAUUAAGUCGUUUCAAGCAACCAUCAACUGAAGAUAAGAGAUCAACCGUUGAAUGUCCCCCUGGGAGAGUCCUUGUUGUGGAAGAUGGGAAGGCUCGAUGUGUUGUGAAAGAAAGAGUUGAAGUUCCUUUCUCUUCAGUUGUUGCGAGACCUGAUGUAAACUACGGCUGCGGUUGCAAUAUUUAUAUCCCCCAUCUGGCCAUCUCUCUUUGUUUAAAGCUAUUUCCUUCAACCACUGGGCCAAUGCGACCAGGAAUAGACCUCAUACAUUUGUUUGUGGAGACUAGUUCAACUCUGAGUGCUAGCUUCAGUUUGUGUAGAGAAAUUAGAAACAUGGAAUGCAGAGGUUUCACAGAAGAGCAGGAGGCAUUGGUGGUGAAGUCAUGGGCUGUAAUGAAGAAGAAUUCUGCUGAGUUGGGUCUUAAAUUUUUCUUGAAGGUCUUUGAAAUUGCACCAUCAGCGGCAAAGCUGUUUUCAUUCCUGAAGGACUCUGAAAUUCCUCUGGAGAAGAAUCCCAAGCUCAAGACUCAUGCUAUGUCUGUCUUUGUUAUGACUUGUGAAUCUGCGGUUCAACUCCGUAAAGCAGGCAAAGUUACAGUGAGGGAUUCAACCUUGAAAAAGCUAGGUACAGUGCAUUUCAAGUCCGGAGUAGUGGAUGAACAUUAUGAGGUGGUCAAGUUUGCUUUGUUGGAAACAAUAAAAGAAGCAGUACCAGAUAUCUGGUCACCAGAGAUGAAGAGUGCAUGGGGAGAAGCUUAUGAUCAGUUGGUUGCUGCUAUCAAAACGGAAAUGAAGCCCUCUUCUUAGAGCCUUAGACUGAUAAUCUCUGAUCUUAUGUAUGUGCUCUGAAAUUGUUUUGUUUUCAAAAUUUAAUAAGAUGAAGACACAGCUGUAAUGUAAAGGUGAACCUCUCUUUAUAGCUACUGUUUGUUUUGAGUUCACGAGUCGUUGAUCAUGUUAAAUUUACAGUAAACUCGAUAUGACUGAAAUAGUAAUUGUUCAUUCAUACAACAAAAAUGAUCGUGGCCUCAUUGAAUAAAUGUG